AUGUUUGACAGAUUCCUCGCCCCAGACCCGCGGCUCUCCUUGUCGCGGGCGCCCCCUGCUGCACCGCCGGAGUCUGUCGCCGACCCCUCGGCUCCCGUGCCUGCGGGACUUGUUGCCGCGCCUGAGUUGCUGACUCCUGCCUCUGCCUCGUCCCCGCAGGCGGCGUCCGCCACCACUGGCGGCCCGGCCUCAUUGGUUGCGCCGCCGGUUGGGGAUCCGGCUGCACCCGUGGUGCCACCCACUGCUCCAGUGGCGCAGCCGUCUCGCCCGCCGUCGCCUGGCCGCCGCCCAUCUCGCCCCCAUUCUCCCGCUCCCCACCAGGAUCGUGAGGCAGCUCCUCACGCUGUCGUGGCCCAUGCUGCUCCUCGACAGGCUGUGCUUCCUGAGAAUCCGCCGCCUGAUGCACUAGUCCCUCAUCAGAUUCCGGCCCCGUCGGCUCACGCUGCGUCUGCCUCCGCUCCUGUUCCUGGGUCUUGGCUUCGUCUGCCGCCCGUUCCGCCAGUGGCGGGAGUCGAAUUUGUGGCCGCGAGAGGAGAAACGCAGUAUCCUCAUCCCAGAGUUGGCGGUUCAGCAACCCUUGCCCUCGAGGAGCCGUUUCUAGCGCAGGCAUUACAGCCUCCACAGUCCCGUGUUCCAGAGGCGACUCUCGCCCAGCUCUUCCGCCUCGCGGAGAGCUUUCACGCUCUGCUCCUGAUACAGGUUCUCGCGCACUCGUCACUUCCUGCAGUUCCCCCUGAGACGUUCCAGGAUCGCCACCGUGAGUCGUGCCUGGACGCAGCCGACCAGCUCGCAGUGCUGCUGGCGCCCAUGCUGGCUGCGCCCGCAGAGGGUGGAGUUGCGGCUGCUGGACAGCUCCAUGAGGCUGUACGCAGCCUGAGGCGCCAUUUGCGUGCAGGUUCUGGAGCCGCCGUGAUCGGCGCAAGCACGCUUGUGGUCCGGGAGCUGUGGCGGACCCUGACGGGCGUUCUUCACUCCCUUGGAGCUCACCGCAUGUAG